AUGAGUUCCAACUCAUCGACAGCUGGCUCUUUGGAGGAGGCGAACUUCCUCAAACGCACCCGUUCUCUUCACUGGGCUCGAUUGGCUCUAUCUGUUUUGAUUACCGGCGGGGCUAUUGCUGUCGUCGCUUGUGAGGCCGUGCCACUGCAGCACUAUAAGACUACCGCUAAAUGGGCGAGUGCUGGUCUUGCCUUAUGGCCACUGAAUUUUGACCUGCGACCGACGAUCGCAGCCCUGGCGUGUGGCGGUGUGAUUGCUGCCCUGAACGUGGUAUAUGCGAUCGCUGCUCUACUCCCAUUCCCCCGCUCCCGUAUCAAGCUUCUCAACUCCUAUGCCUCAGCAUCGGCCCUCUCCGGCUUUAUCACCGCCCUCAUUGGCAUCACCUUCACUAUUUACCGGCCCUCUGCGUCUUACCCAAGCGGCUUCACCGAGAACGAGACCCUGCGCAGCUGGACGUGCAAGUGGACGGUAUCUAAUGAGACUACUUCUACUCCGAUUGACUUUUCCCGCGACUGCCACGACACCCGCGCGGGAUUCGCGCUGCUGUGUGUUCUCCUGGGAUUGGAGAUUCUGAUGGGGCUUGCUGCUGCUGCCGGCACUUGGUUCCAGCGGGAUGUAUCUCGUCUCCGGGACGAACAGGUCCAGUUGGAAAAGCUGGAGCUCACGACCAAGCAGGUGUAUCGGGGUUAA